CGGGGAGUGACUGUGCUCAGCCGGGCCUUAUCUUUCUGAUAAACACUGAUCACAAACCGAGCUCCGGAUACUGGCACAGGCUACUUCUGCGAUCAGUGCACUAUUUGACGACAUAAUUUCCGGAUUGAAAGCGAUUCAUGGCCGCAAAUGCGAGAAGAGAGCGAUAAUAGAGCAACGUGGCGGUCGGAUUUGUGAAGAUUACCGUCAAUAAAGUGCUCUGCACAAGACUGCCUCAGACUAAGCCCUGUGUGAAAGGGAUGGGCAGUGCACCGGCUGAAUCUCACUUUCUUCAACAACAAAAAAAAACUGGGUGGGGAAAGGAAGGAGACUCUUGACUCCGUCAUGCACAUUAUGUUCGGCAAGGUGUAGGCUCGCUUGUGAUGGGUGUCAAACGCAUUGUACGACUCUUACGAUUAGUUAGAAGUCAGAUUGUUAACAUGAGGAUGGCAGAGGCUCCCAUGUCAUGUGAUUGUUUUGUUUCGUUGCCCCCUGGCUCUCGCGAUGACCAUGUGAUUUUUGGGAAGAACUCAGACCGUCCCCGGGAUGAGGUGCAAGAGGUGGCCCUCUACCCUGCAGCAUCCCACCCUCCAGGCUCCAUGCUGGAGUGCACAUAUAUCCAGAUCCCUCAGGUGGAGCAGACGCACGCCGUCAUCCUGAGCAAGCCUGCCUGGAUGUGGGGGGCCGAAAUGGGAGCCAAUGACCAGGGAGUCUGUAUUGGGAACGAGGCUGUCUGGACUCGAGAGCCUGUCGCUCCCGGAGAGGCUCUGCUGGGCAUGGACCUUGUCCGACUGGGGUUGGAGCGUGGGGAUAGUGCCUGGGCAGCACUGACAGUGAUCACCGGCCUCCUGGAGCAGCAUGGCCAGGGGGGGCAGUGCAGGGAGGAUCCUGAGCCCUUCAGCUACCACAACACCUUCCUUCUGGUGGACCGUAACGAGGCCUGGGUCCUUGAAACUGCUGGAAGGCUGUGGGUGGCACAGAAGUUUACAGAGGGUGUGAAGAACAUCUCCAACCAGCUGACUAUCGGGACUGAGGUCUCCACAGAGCACCGAGAGCUGCGGAGCGUGGCCCAGGCUCAGGGCUGGUGGGAUGGUGAAGGAGAGUUCAACUUCUCCCAGGUGUUCAGCCCCGAGAACCCACCUGCCAGGAUGGAGCUGGCCAAACGGCGCUACAAGGGAGGCACAGAGCUUCUCCAGCAACAUGACGGCUCAGUGACGGCGGAGGUAAUGAUGUCUAUUCUGAGGGACAAGCCCAGUGGCAUCUGCAUGGACUCUGGAGGUUUCUGCACCACAGGCAGCAUGGUGUCUGUCCUGCCCAGAGACACCAGCCUGCCCUGCAUCCACUUCUUCACCGCCACCCCAGACCCCUCCAGGUCUAUAUUCAAGCCUUUUAUCUUCUCGGACUGUUCCACCCCAGUGCUGAGAGUGGUCUCUCCACAGUUCGGCCCAGAUGACCCUGUCAGGAAGCAGCCUCGCUUUCAGAGCCAGGUGGACCGCAGACAUGACCUGUACAAGGCCCAUCAGGUGGCGCUGAACACCAUGGAGACCAACCCGGACGAGGGGUUUGCAGUCUAUGAGGUUCUGAGGGACCUGGAGUCGCAGUGUCUGAGCGAGAUUACAGCCAUGCUAAGAGGAGAGUUACCAGGAGAAGAACUGGGGGACUUGUUUUUUGAUUGCGUGGACACAGAGAUUAAGUUCUACCAGUGA